AUGCUGUACCGUAACCUGCUGCCAUUGGCAUUCUCUCUCGCGACCCCCGCGCUCGCGCAGACGACCAAAUGUGUUAUUUCGCCAUCCAGCAAUGCGACAUCGGACGCGGCUGCCAUCGCCGAGGCGUUCACCAAGUGCGCUAGCGAUGCCGAGAUCAUCUUCCGUGAGGGCGUCGAGUACAAGGCCUACGAGCCGAUCGUCGCCACCAAGCUUUCCAACGUUGUCAUCACCGUCAACGGCAACAUUACUCUGCCCGAGGACAUCCCCACCGUCCAGGCCCUCGUCUCAGCCAAGGGCGGCACGCUCACCUGGUUCCAAAUCGGCGGCACCAACGUUCAAUGGAUCGCCUCAACUGAUCCUCACGCCGGAUGGAUCAAGUCCCACGGACAAGCCUGGUGGGAUGCCAAUAAGCCCGGCGAAGCCGGCACGCCCAACCGGCCCCAUCUUAUGCAGUUCAGCGUCACCAACGGCGUCAUGAAGAACAUGAAGUCUCUCAAGCCCAUCGGCUGGAACUUCUCCAUCAAGGGCAAGAACAUUACAAUCUCCGACACCGUCAUCGACGCCCGCUCCGAGACGAGCAGCUUCCCCUUCAACACGGACGGCUUCGACGUGGGCGCCACGGACGUGACCAUCACAAACAGCAACAUCUUCAACGGCGACGACGCCAUUGCCAUUAACGACGGCGCCAACAACGUCCUCUUCAAGCACGCCACCAUCGGCUUCGAGACCCACGGCAUGAGUGUCGGUUCUCUGGGCUCAAAGGUCGCCUCUGUGGCUGAUGUGAAGAACAUCCGCUUUGAGGACGUUGAUGUCCACGGCGGUUUGUAUGCCGCACGCUUCAAGAGCUGGAUCGGUGGACAGGGGUUGGCGAAGAACAUUACCUGGAGCAACAUCCGUCUCGACAAUGUUACCUUCCCCAUCUUUGUCACGCAGACCUACUUCAACCAGGCCAGCGCCGGCGGCGACAGGCCCAACAACUCGUCCGUCAUGAUGGAGGACUUUACCUGGGAGCACUUCUCCGGUAGUAUCAACACCAACAACCCCGGCGAUGGAUCCUGCACCACAAACCCUUGCUGGUACAAUGCUGGACUCCCGAAUCUCACCCACACCGAGGCCGUCAUCAUUGAGUGCAACACCCAAACGUCAUGCAAAAACUUCCAGACCAGAGACAUCAAGCUCCAUCCCCAGAGCUGCGGCGCCCCCAAGCUCAUCUGCAUGAACGCGAUGCCGACGCUGAACCCCAACCUCGGCUUCGAGUGCGCCAACGGAACAUUCGCUCCCACCGCAUGA